AUGCCGCCUCAACCUGUCGACUGCGGAGACGCCGAGCUGGAACAUAUCAACCAAACACAGCUCGAAAACCCUAAAUUCGAGGAGACGACACCCGAUCUGAUUGCGACCAGAGUCGACUCCGUAACAAUGCCGCCUCAGCCUAUACACUGCGCUGACGCCGAGCUGGAAGAGAACCAAACACAUCUCGAACCCCCUAAUUUCGAGGAGACGACAACGGAUCCGGUUGCGACAAAAGUCACGUCCGAGACAAUGCCGCCUCAGCCUGUCAACAGCGCUGAUGCCGAGCUGGAACAUAUCGCCGAACUAAAACAUAUUUCCGAGCUGAAACAUAUGGCUGAGCUGGAACUUGUGGCCGAGCUCCAACAUAUCGCCGAGCUGGAACAUAUCGCCAAGUUGAAACAUAGCUGGAAGCUAAAACAUAUCGCCAAACUAGAACAUAUGGCCGAGCUCGAACAUAUAGCCGAGCUGGAACAUAGGGCCAAACUGCAACGUCUCGCAAAACUGGAACAUAUCGAUGACUGA